AAAAAUCCCUGAAAUCAUUAUCUAUCUUCUUAGCAAUGUUUGCAACACGUCAUGCUCUUAUCAACUGAGCUACGAAGGAGCACGUCGACGUCACUAGAAUGAUGACAAGCCAUUUUAACGGAUUCUAAAGGGAAUCAGAAUUCCAAACUAAUUUCUAUGGCAACACAGUUGUCAAUUUUGUAAACAAUCAUUUUCGAACGUGUGUUGCCAAGAGACAGCUAACCGACGUUCUAUGGAACGUUUUCGGUGCGAAAACAACAACUUUGCUGCUGACAACAAACUUGUUUGAUUUUUGAGACCUGAGAACAAUCGACUGGAAAAUGCCUGGGUGCUUUUCAAGACUGGCGGAGAGAGUGCGUGGACGUCGGCGGCCUACUGCGUCGACAGGUUGUUCAAAUUCAUUUGUGGCUUGUUUUUCUUGUCUUUUUCUGUUUUGCAGGGUUCGUGAUCGUCGACAGGUGGACAUCGACUUCGAAGAGGAAACAACUGUCCUGGAUGAGGUCCAGUUGGAUGUGCCAUUGGAUGAUGUGCUAGAUGUUCCACAGCUGCUAGUCCUCCUUGAUGUCCAGAAUGCUGCUAUCAUCCUUGAGGAUGUGCCAGAUGUGCAGACUAUCCUUGAGGAGGCCACUGGCAUUUGGCAGUUGAUUCUGAUUAGGUUCAGCCCCCAGUACUGUGGGCCUGUUGUGAUCAGGAACAAUGCCGGUCCGGUGGUUAAAGCUUGGAGAACUUUCCAGUUCAUCAGCCCCAUCAUCACCUACAUGCGUGGGGGAUCCCAGCAGGUGGUGGUGAGGAUGCACCACGUGAGUAGGGUGAGAGGCCUGGAGACUCAACUGGUGUGGGCCAUCUCCAAGGAGACAGCCAGGCUUAGUCCAGAGGGCAUCCCCUACUGUGCCACCAAAGUGCAGUCCAUCACUUGGAUCCAGCGUGUGGCUGGCAGGGUGACCCACUAUGCGUCUCACCUCCGCCACGAGACGUCUGUGGACGUGACGCUUGGCUGCUACCAGCAGACUGAUGUCUCAGUGGUGUACGCCACUCUCCACAUGGGGCUGGACGGGCUUCUAUCCUCUUCAGCGUGGUCGGAGGCUGCCUCCUUCUCUACUCCCACCACUCAGCAGUUCACUGACCCAGAGCCUGAGGGCCACAACUGCUAUGAGGGCUGGGAGGAGGACCUGCUGCCUGAGGAGAGGGAGGUUCCUCUGCUAAACCUCUACCUUACCACCAAGAGAGUGGAGGACAUCGCCCUGAGGCUCGUCUCCUUGCGCCAGGCCUUCACUACCCUGCUUGGUUCCACCCUGAGCAGGAACCAUCUGUUUGUGGCGGGAAAGGUCCUCCUGGGCGGCCUUGUUCAGGCCAACCACAUGGACGAGGCCAAAUUCAUCAGUACCUAUAAUGACUUUGUGGACUACCUGAGUGACCCCUCCAAGCGGAAUGACAUUGAGAGGGAGCUGGCUGAGGCAAAGAUACAUCAUGUGAACAUGAUAGAUGUCCUCUUUGAGCUGGUGCUGUUUGGGAUGAUGACAGCUCAGAGGUCCCUGAUGGUGCACCCUGGUGGGUUCGUGGAGCGUCUGUAUGCUCUCCUGUACUCCUUCCUGCCCACUGCUGCCAACAUGGAGCCAGAGGCUGAUAGAAUCCUACUGCUGCUCAAUGGCGGACUGAUGGCUCUGCUAGAUGACAUGUUUGGCCAGCAGCUGGCCUGGUAUUUUAACUCCGAGUCUCUGGUCACUGAGCUCUCCAGCCUCCUGGAGUACCACUUGGAGAACCUCAUGGCCAGCAUGUAGUCCUACUGCAGGGA